AUGCUUCCUUGCACGUGGCCCAAACGCCAUCUGAUUCCUCCAAAGAUCUGGCAGAUCCUGCUUCCUCAUCCAGACAACCCCGCUACUUCUCCCUUGGACGCGAAGAACCUGGUCGACACACCAAGUUGGCUUGAGGCCGACGACUUCGUCAACGCGCACUUCUCUGGUGAUGCAAAAGUGUUGGAGGCAUGGCGAGCCUUGAAGGACCCGGCAGUAAAGUCGGAUCUCCUGCGCUACCUCAUGCUUUUCAUCGAGGGCGGUAUAUCUACCGAUGUAAAUACCGAGGCUCUGAAGCCCAUCGACGUUUGGGUGCCUGAGACAUACCGCGAUCGGGCCAGGGUUGUGAUUGGUAUUGAAUGGGACCAGCUCGACGGUGGAACCCUUGCUGCUAAACGCAUGACGACUUUGAACAGUCUCGACCUGUCGAGCGUUGAGGUUAUGAUGUCGUCCGGCCCGGCGUCUUGGACAGACGUUGUUCUUGAACAGUUGAAGGAGAUGGACCUGAAUGUGACGGGUGUGGCAGACUUCUCCGGUAUGAAGCCAACUGGGCCAAGGUUGUAUGGUGAUAUCCUGAUCCUCACCAUCGAUGGCUUCGGUAUGUGGCAAUUGCAUUCGAAUAGUACCCACGAUGGUACGAUACCGGAGGCUGCGCUCUUGAAACACAAGUUCCGAGGGUCCUGGAGAAGUAGCGUCUAG